AUGUGCACACCGUGGCUGCAAGCCUUCCCCCAGACCGCGAAACCCAUCCUCGAGGAGAUUGACGAGACCCUUCAACUCCCCCUUACCAAGACAAUCGAGUCCGGCACGAAUGCCGAACUCACACGAACCGAGAACGCGCAACCGGCCAUUAUGGCAACCUCGAUCCUGAUACUGCGGAUACUGGAGAAGGAGUUUGGCUUCAAGACCAGCGAGCGCGUCGACAUCACACUGGGCCACUCGCUCGGCGAAUUCGCAGCCCUAGUAGCAGGCGGCUACCUCACCUUCCACGACGCCCUAAAAAUGGUCCGCCGACGAGCCGAAGUAAUGAGCAAAUGCAGCCAAGAAGCCGUCGCAGAAGAAGGCGGCGAGUUCGGCAUGGUGGCCCUCGUCUGCGAAUCCGAAGAGCACAUGCAAUCCCUCAUCAACGGCAUCCACGAGUUCCUCGCCCUAGGCUCCAAAGCCGAUUCCCACGACCACCUCCCCGCCGUCCAGCAAGUCGCCAUCGCAAACCUCAAUUCGAAGAACCAGAUUGUUCUGAGUGGCAGUAUAACACGCAUCAGCACGCUCCUGACCAACCUCCGCCAAUUCGGCGGCCACGACCCCCGCCAUGUACGACUUAAAUCUGACGCACCUUUCCACAGCCUCCUCAUGAAACCUGCGGCCGAAACAAUGAAACGCAUCCUGCAUAAGCCCACGGAAGACGGCCGCGAUAUUAUAACGUGGCCGGGCAUCAUGCCCUGCAUCUCAAAUGUGUCCGGCAAGCCCUUCCAGGAUAAAGAGCAGUUGAAAGACUUGCUAGCAAGGAGUUGUGUGGAGACGGUGCAGUGGUGGAAGAGCGUCAAAUACCUGCAUGAGCAAGAGAAGAUUAUGCGGUAUGUGGGUAUUGGACCCGGGAAAGUGGGCAGGAAUCUUGUGGGCAAGGAGGUUGGCAUGAAGGGGGCUGUUAAGGGGGGUGGGGUUUGGGGGAUUACGAGUCCGAAGGAGAUGGAGGAGGUGGUUAGGGCGUUGGAUGAUACGGAGGAUGUGGAUGGGAUUGAGGUGGAGUGA